AUGAUAGUAAGGGAGAAAGUUACUAAGCUGUUUGGAUGUGUGUAUCAACUACUGGGCAUCGUGAAGGAGACUAGACACACUAGUGCAUCAUUUACAACCAAUAACAUAACUUCUGCCAAUACAUCAAACUCGUUAUCCUAUGCUGAGAUUCUCAAAACCAAUUUAAAGCAAAGUAAAACAACAUCGGUUAUACAAAAAACAUUAAAUAGCAAAAUCGAUAAGGAAGGCAUGGGUGGCAAUCAUGCCUUAUUAGUCUAUCCUAGACAAUCAGAGGGUGGUCCUAGAAUAAAUAUGGAAGAGGUAGCCAACACUAUUAAGCAAAGGGUCGAACCACAUAGAUUGGGAAUACAGGUAAAAUCUAUGUUUAAAAUCAAAGGUGAUGGAAUAUGUGUUCGAGUUGGAAAUGUAAAGGAUUGUCAAAUUUUAAGUACUGCUAUAGAAGCUUUACCUGAAGUGGCAGAUAAAAUAGAAUGUAAACAGGCGGAAGGUAAAAAACCACGUUUGAUUCUUCUCAACGUUCCUAAUUCAAUACCUGAAGAAGAUUUAAUAGAGGCGUUAUAUGAACAAAAUGAUAUAUGGGGUAAAAUUACUAAAGAGGAGGUAUUAGAAGAAUAUAAAGUACGAACAAUAUUACUUAGGGGAAAAGUUAAAGAAAAUUGUGGUCAUGUUAUUAUUUCAGUGCCACCUAAAAUACGAAACGUUAUAUUAAGCAGGAAAUAUAUGUCGCUCAGCUGGGCCAGUGUUCGUGUAGACGAUUUUAUCUCCUUACUUAGAUGUUAUAAGUGUUGUGGAUACAAUCACCUAGCCCGUGAUUGUACCAAUCGUCUUACCUGUAGCCACUGCGGUAGAGAGCAUAAAUACACUGAAUGUAAUGGAAGGCAUAAAAUACCACUUUGUAUUAACUGUGAUGAACAUAAUCAGGAUCUUCCUAAUGGUAAACACAUUCCAACAGAUCAUAAUGCUUUUUAUGCUCAAUGCCAAAUUACACAAAGAUUAAAACAACAGAGCAUUAAGCCUUAA